AACACCUCAACCAUCCAUCGCUCUCCACCCCACGAACCUCCUCCUAUCCAUCGAUCCUCCCCUGGCAAGCCUUCAUUGAGUCUGCGCGACGAAUUCUACGAAUAGCUUUUCUAUUUUUCAGCCAUCUCCUGCGCCAUACACCUACCUGUCCUUCCCUGGCCCUCGAGAGCGUCGCGUGGUCCUCAUCUGCCCCUUUGCGCUCGUACACAUACUGGCCCACCGCCGUUGCUUUCAAAUGCCCGCCACUGCUUAUUGAAUUGCACACAAGAGAUGAGGGUUGGCUGGCGGAGGAAGAGGUAGAUUGAUCUUUGUGCCAUAAUGUCUGGCGGUGCAAGUUUCGCGCAGUUUUUCCCCUCUGCCCCUAGGGCCGCCAAGGACAAAGCAAAAGAGCGAGAGAAGGUCAAAUCGCAGAUUCAGGAAUCUCCUAAAUCAAGAGCUGCGAAUUCUCAAGCCGCCCUUUCGAAUUCACUCGCAUUCAGCGACGAUGCUGGCCUCACCCCUUGUGGCGGCAGUGAGAACAAGAUAUCUCCCUCAGAAGUUACGGCUUCCCAGGCAGACGACAACGAAUUGCUCCAAGACGAUCUCCUCCUCAAUGGUGUUGGUUCUGCAAGCUCGCAUGCUAGCACAGUAUCAUCUGUUUUCAGUGCACCGGCGCCACCCUCCAAUAUGUCUGCAGGCGGCUCAAAGAAUAUGAGCAGUUUGACUCCUUUAACGAACAUCGAUUCCUCUCCAAAUCGGAUCACAAGCCCUCACAAUAAUAAAUCUGGUAUCCCAUCAAGCGGGAUCACUGCAGAUAUCACCACCGCCCCCCAUGACGUCCCACAAGCGCAUCCCUCUCUGGCAGAGCCAGCAGAGCCAGAACCUUCAACUCCCCGAAUUUUCGCUCGAGACCCGAAGAGUAGCAUAAAGGGCAACAAAUGUAUAUACGAUCCCUUGAUCGACAAAACAAUAUCAUCCUCGAAGAACAAAAAGCCGAAAGUACUUUAUAAGGAGUUUGGUUUGGUACGUAUACAAUCUGCGGGGAGCGUCAUCUUGUUUGUGUGAAUGUCUAGCUAAUGGCUUUGCAGGAAGAAGAUGACGCUCCCCCCGCGGAUCCGAGAUUGGCAAAGGGCGGAAUAUUGGGUUAUAUUAACACCAAUUUUCAUAUGCCAAAGUCGCAACUGCUUCACGCCCCGGAGCUUCUGCGACCAUACAAAUACGAUCCGAAAACUUCUCUCGGUCCAGGUCCUCCUACCCAGGUAGUGGUCAUGGGUUUCGAUCCACUGUAUAAUUUCUCCCUUGUGACCGCAUAUUUCUCGAGUUUUGGCGAAAUUGCUGAGAGUAGUAAUAAACUUCACCCCGAGACUGGCAGCUGCUUGGGAUUUGGAAUAUUUCGGUAUAGGGAUAAAGCAGUCAAGGGAGGCCUUCCUAUUUCUGCGACACAGGCUGCCAGACUGGCAGUAGGGAAGGGUAAUGGUUCGCGCAUGGGUACAAAGAACAUCAAGGUUUCUUUCGAUCCCGAUGGAAGGAAGAGUCGACGUAUGCUGGAAGACGCUCUCAAGCAGUCUAAAUCAGAAUCUGAUUCAGCAGCUCCACCACUUCUAGCAGCCAAGCCUGCAGAGGUUAUCAAAUCCUCCGGACCACCACCCACUGCCCCCAAAGGACCAGCGGCCUAUCGGUCAGGAGCUGGUCGGCUACCAUAUGUGCCCAUACCUACCAAGCCAAGAGCACAGCAGAUGCUCGAAGAUGACCAGCCUCUAUCACUCAAGUUAGAUAGAGAGCCGUAUAUCUUCAUAUCUAAAGAAUCUGUGCCGUUGAUUCCUGCAACCAUACCACAUCUUAAGAAGCGACUGAAGAACUAUUCCGAACCUGAUGUUAAACUCGACCGAUAUGGCUACUACGUCAUUUUCUCAAACGGCUCAUAUGGCAGAUCGCAGUGUGAGAAAUGUUAUCGAGAAGUGAACGGAUGUCCCCUUUUUACGUAUGAAAUGAUGAUGAAGAUGUAUCCUUACGGGACCAACGGACCUCGAACUCUUGCGCAAGGUUCUUCUGACCAAUAUCGGAGACGGAGUCGAAGCCCUGCCCGUCGGGAUCUGGAACUUCGAGAAAAGCAGGAUGCACUUCAACGUGAAAGGGAAGAAGCGGCGGACUUGGAGGAGGAGCGGAAAGAGCGCGCCCGAAAUUUUGACCCAUCCAAAGAAGCUAUGGAUGUUAUUCGGAGGGCGAUGAAAGACCAACUCCUGAAAAAUAUCCGAGCCAAGCAUGCUGGACCGAUAUUGCACGAGUAUAUGGAUCCGGCAAAUCACGCCCAUAAAAGACAAAAAUACAACAUACAAGAUCCUAAGGAUCUGAAGAUGUCAUUAAUCCACGAGGAAGAUGGUCUGGAAAACAGUCCUGUUGGUACGCCGAACUCCCGUGCUGAAGCCUUUGAGCGCCGAGCUCUAGGAUCUAAAGUCAAUCUGAGUGCUUUGGGACGCAUUAGAAUGGCCAAAUCCAGCAAGAGGUCCAACGUAGGUUUCAAGGACCCAUUCGGGAGAAAUCGACCAGAAUCCAAAAAGCCUAUCGUGCGGCCGUUGGCACAUCGUUGGAUUGAAGAAGAUGAUUCUGACGAUGAGGUUGAAGACCGCUCUCGAGCCCUCUACACAGAGGAGCCUGACUCACGUUCCCGAAGCAGAAUGAGCACUGACGACGAGUCUUCUGAUGGUGAUGAUACCGAUAUGAUGGUGGAAAGAGACAGGUUCAAGGAAGGGUCUGGAUCAGUUGAUACCCGUGAUGAAGAUUCGGCAAGCGAAGCGGCUUUUGUUGUUGGGGAUUCUGUUGUCCCUACAAAGAAACGCAAGUUUGAUUUACAGGUCGAGGCAGCGUUGAAGCGGCAAAAGAAAACUGACGAAGAGCUCUUUGGUGUUGACGCUGGUAAAAUCGAUCGAGAAUUUCCCCUUUCUGCAUCGCCUGUCGAUGAGGAUACUCCUAUGCCUGAUAUCGACGGAGUCGUGAAAACCGAGAAAGAGAUUGCCUUUGAACUGAAGCAAAAGAAGGCAAAGAAGAAGUCUAAAAAGCAAAUCUUUGAGGAGCGCGAGGCAAUGAAAGAGGCCCUGAAAAGGCAACGAGAAGGAAUUUACAUGGAGGAACUUCUCCAGCCGCAAAGCGAGCCUUCCCGCCAUGGUGAGCAUAACGAAGAAGAUGUCAUUGAGACUGCACCUGUGGAGACUUCUGUUGAAUGGGGAAUGUCCGCCAAUGCCCCCAAGCCAACCGUGGAAGACACUUUCGACAACAUUUUGGAUCUUGAUGGGCUCCAGAGGAUGCUCAGAGACGACGAAGACGACCCAGCGGCUUUGGCUGCGUUUAAUCGUAAAGCGAAAUCCCAAUUACGUAUGCGUAGCGUGAGUACCUGGACUUGGCAGCAGGAACAAAUGAAAGCUCUCAACCGCAAUGGGCAAAAGGGACCAGUUAAAACUGAAACCGUUGUUGAAGGAUAUUAUGUUCCUAACAAAACUGGUUGUGCUAGGACAGAAGGAUACCAGAAGAUCUUAAAUUCUGAAAAAUCCAAGUACCUUCCACAUCGUAUCAAGGUACAGAAGGCUCGAGAAGAGCGAGAGGCCCAAGCUUCGAAGGCCGGCAAAGAUAUUGCUGCUGAAAUGGCAGAAGCGGCUAGGAUCGCCGCAGAAAAGUUGCAAGCCAAAGGCAAUUCUCGAGCUAGUCGUGUCAACAAUCGCCGCUUCGUCGCAGGUCUUGAGGAUCAGAAAAAGACCUUAGGAGGGGAUUCGGACGUUCUAUCAUUCAAUCAACUCAAAAAGCGAAAGAAGCCGGUGAAAUUUGCUCGAUCCGCGAUCCACAAUUGGGGACUCUACGCUAUGGAGAACAUUGCAAUCAACGACAUGAUCAUUGAAUAUGUUGGAGAGAAGGUUCGCCAACAGGUUGCUGAUCUCCGAGAAACCAGAUAUCUCAAAAGUGGUAUCGGGAGCAGUUACCUCUUCCGGAUCGAUGAAAACACCGUUGUGGAUGCCACCAAAAAAGGUGGGAUUGCUAGGUUUAUCAAUCACAGCUGCAUGCCCAAUUGCACAGCGAAGAUUAUCACGGUUGAAAAGAGCAAGCGGAUUGUCAUCUAUGCACUUCGUGAUAUUGCAAUGAGUAAGUUACCGUUCCUUCACUUCUGAUCCCAAAACUAACACUAUGUAGAUGAGGAGCUCACUUAUGAUUACAAAUUCGAGCGUGAGAUUGGUAGCACGGAUCGUAUUCCCUGUCUCUGUGGAACAGUGGCGUGUAAAGGUUUCCUCAAUUAAUUUUUUCUUACAUUCACUCGUCUGGGCGCACCUUUUAUGUACAGGCGCCUUGAUGCUCGACAAAGAGUUCUUUUUUUACUUCUUCUUCUUCUUCUUCUUCUUCUCCUGGAGUUGUGCUGCAUUGCAAAGCGCACGGUAUUUGAUUUUUUCCAAGCAAUGCAUUCAGAGGUGGUUGGUUUGGGCAAGGGGCAAAAAAAGCUGUACUUUUUCAACCGAGUUCCCUUUUUUUCUGGCGUUUGAUAUUUGACAUUUACUGAUGGUCGGGAAUGGUAAUGGAAGGGGGCAGAAUGUGUACUGCUUCAUCAGCGGGUUGGGACGAUGAGAUAAACGGAAGGGAGGGUGGGCGUGGAAGGAGUGGAGCUUUGUACGUGUAAGAUAGAGAGUGAAGUGAGCCUUGAUUCAGGCGCGAGCCGACUGACAUGGGGGAUCUGAAAGUUUGCGUGGACGUCCGAGGUGGGUAGAUAGGUAGUCCCACGAAGGGAGAGAUGAAUAGAUCUUUUCCG